AUGAACGGGCAUAUGAACGGACACACUAGUGGAACCAAGCUGGCCAACGGCGCUUUGUCUCCUUACGAUGACCAGCAUGCAGUGAAUGAGAUCAGGAAAUUUGUGAUUGAUAUUUGUCGACAGAAUGGUGGUGGUCAUGGAGGCUCAGCCAUCGGUAUGGCCCCUUUGGCGGUUGCUCUCUGGAGGCACACCAUGAGAUACAAUCCCUCAAAUCCCAACUGGUUCGAUCGAGAUAGAUUUGUUCUUUCGAAUGGACAUGCUGCGAUGCUUCUAUACGCUAUGUUACACAUUACUGGGUAUAAAGACAUGACCGUUGAUGAGAUAAAAAUGUACGCGGAUGCCAAAGCGGUAGACAAAACCACCGGAAAAUGGAAAUCAACAAUUUGCCACGGUCACCCUGAAAGAGAGGUGCCAGGCGUGGAGGUCACGACUGGUCCUUUGGGGCAGGGUAUUGCAAAUGCAGUUGGUCUGGCAAUUGCAUCGAAACACUACGCGGCGACAUUCAACAAAGAGGACCACCAGUUAGUUGCAUCUCGAAUCUAUUGCACUACGGGAGAUGGGUGCAUUCAAGAAGGCGUGGCUUUGGAAGCUAUGGCAAUUGCUGGGCGUCUUGGUCUCAGCAAUCUUACCUUGUGUUAUGAUAACAACGAUGUAACCUGUGACGGACCAUUGAAUUGGAUUGUGACAGAGGAUACCAACGCAAAAGUCAGGGCUAUGGGAUGGCACGUCAUCGAUGUUUUCGAUGGAGACACUUCCGUUGAAAAUAUCAUUGCUGCUUUGGAGGCUGCAAAGUUGGAGAAAGACAGACCCACCUUCAUCAAUAUUCGGACGACGAUUGGUUAUGGUACCACGACUGCUGGGACUUUCAAAUCCCAUCACGGCACUUAUUCAGAUGACGAUGCGGCUAAACAUCUUGCCCCUGGUGUGACUUCAACACACCAGCUCUCCCAGAAUGCAUUGGAAUAUUUCAGAUCCACAGUUGAGGAGGGGAAGAAGUGGGAAGACAACUGGAACUUGAAGCUUGAGAUAUACAGCAUUGCUUACCCCAAGGAAGCUAAACUAUUCAAGGAGCGCAUGGAAGGCAAAAAAGAUUUUGAACGUACUUUGACCUCCUUGAGCAUUCCAUCAGAACUACAACCAACACGACAGUUCAAUGGAACAGUUUUCAACGAGUUGAUCUCCAUGGUACCCAACAUCAUCGCCGGAGGAGCGGACCUGUGGAACUCCAAUCAGAUGGGAGAUCAGUCAACUCGGAUCUUGGACAGUCUCCAUCCGGAAGGGAGGGUCAUCCGGUAUGGGAUCAGGGAACACGCGAUGGCGUCAAUCUCCAAUGGACUCGCCGCAUACUCUCCUGGAGGAAUUCUUCCGAUUACUGCCACUUUCUUCAUGUUCUACCUCUACGCAGCACCAGGGGUUCGUAUGGGAGCUCUCAGUAACCUUCAAGUCAUCCAUGUCGCCACUCACGACUCUAUCGGCGAAGGUCAGAACGGACAGACCCAUCAACCAGUUGAGCUAGACUCGUUGUACCGAGCAAUGCCUAAUCUUCUUUAUAUCCGACCUGCAGACGCUGAGGAGGUCCUCGGAGCUUGGCUCACAGCUCUUGGAGCCAAGGAAACGCCAAGCAUCAUCUCUCUGGCCCGAGAUCCUGCAGUGACGGCUAUCCCAAAGACUAGCCGGCUUCAAGUUCAACGUGGCGGCUAUGUCAUUUUGGAGAAGGAAAAUGCGACGGUUACAUUGAUCUCUUGCGGCUCUGAACUUCAAUUCGCCUACCCUGCAGCCCAGAGACUGGACUCGGAGGGCAUCCCCACCAGAGUUGUGAGUAUGCCUUGCAUGAAGCUUUUCGAGCGACAACCGCAAGAAUACCAAGCAGGCUCGGCAAAAAUACCUGAGGCAUCGAUACCGGUAUCGAUAGUAUUAGACUCGGUUCUGUCAAAUUCUCCUCAUAUCAUCUCGGUCGAAGCCUAUGUGGCUAGUAUGUGGGCAAGGUUUUGCACAGCCUCUAUUGCGAUGGAUUCAUUUGGUUAUUCAGGUCUUGGAAGAGAGAAUUUUGCUAGGUUCGGAAUUGACGACGAUGGGAUUGUGAGUAAGGUGAAGAGGCAUAUCGGGGAGACAAAUGGAAAGAAAAGACGACAUUGGACACUACUGAAGUAACCUUUAGGCAUUUAUAGUAUCAAGUUUCUAGACUUCUCGAGCAUUUACCUCUUGGCUAAGUGUAGUUUGUACUGCACCGGCUCCAUAACACAGAUAUAACGCGUAGGCAAG